GCGUGCGGUCACUCUACCCUGCAAUUUCUUAGCUUUUUAAAGUAAACAAACAAUUUUUGACCAUUUUAGGGCUCUAGGGACUUGGCAGAGUGCAGAGGAAGAGCAGCCAGACGAUGUCGGAGGUUCGCAUUCGUCCGCGCCAGGUGCUGGUGCUGAUCAUAGUCUUCCUGGUGAUCCUAAUGAUGGUGCACCGGAAUGGAAAGCGCACCUGCCAGGGUCCGGACUACCUGCAGACCAUGUACGCACAGGCGGACACGUUGCCGACCAUCUACGCGGUGACGCCGACAUAUACGCGACCGGCACAGAAGGCGGAGCUGACCAGGUUAUCGCACCUGUUUAUGCUGCUGCCGCACCUGCACUGGAUCAUUGUGGAGGAUGCGAAUGCCACGAGUCCCCUGGUCACCGGUCUGCUAGAGCGCGCCGGCCUGGAGAAGCGUUCCACGCAGCUAAACAUCAAAACGCCGCCCGAGUUCAAGCUGCAGGGCAAGGAUCCCAACUGGAUUAAGCCCCGGGGCGUGGAGCAGCGCAACCUGGCGCUCACCUGGCUGCGCAACAACGUCGACACUGACCGCCAUUCGAUAGUGUUCUUUAUGGAUGACGACAACUCCUAUUCCACGGAGCUAUUUGCCGAAAUGUCGAAAAUAGAAAGGGGACGGGUUGGUGUCUGGCCGGUGGGUCUCGUUGGCGGUUUGAUGGUGGAGCGGCCGUACCUCAGUGAGGAUCAGAAGCAGGUGAUUGGCUUUAAUGCCGCCUGGCGGCCAGAGCGACCCUUCCCCAUCGAUAUGGCCGCCUUUGCCAUUAGCAUGGAUCUGUUUAUACGCAAUCCGCAGGCCUUGUUCUCAUACGAAGUGCAGCGCGGGUAUCAGGAGAGCGAGAUAUUGCGGCAUUUGACCACCCGGGAGAAGCUGCAGCCGCUGGCCAAUGCCUGCCGGGAUGUGCUCGUUUGGCAUACGCGCACCGAGAAGACCAAGCUCACCGCCGAGGAGGCGCUGCUCAAGCAGGGCAAGCGUUCCGAUGGCGGCAUGGAGGUGUAAGCACAUUGGAAAAGAGAUCGCUGUACAUACUUAGCCAGUGUUGCCUGUCCUCCUCCUAGAGAAUUUAUAUAGAGAUCUUUGAUUUCCUCGCAGACUCAAACGAAAGAGCUGUAUACUUCCGCCUAGUCUAAGUGCAAUUUACCUUACUUAAAGCAUCACCUUAGUGUGUAAGCUAAAAUCUAUAACUUUAUUUAAUUCUUUUGCUUACUUUUUUUGUAAAAUUUAAAACAAAAGCAAUCAGUUUCUCCUUUAUUUUAAGCACAAUGAGGCACAAAGAGCAAUUUGUUUGUAAAUAAAGUUGAUUUUAUUAGCAGA